UUUUUUACAAAUACAAGCUUGUGGGUUAAUAAUGUAGCAAUAAACACUGCCCGCUUGUGUGUACGUGCCGCAAUGUAUGGAAAGCUAUUGUCAUGAGUGCUUGGAGGUAGUUUAUUCAUUAUUACCCGCACAAUAAUGUGUUGAGUUUGCACUUUGCCGACCAACACCGCCGUUCGGUGUGCACGUCAUGUUGGCUGCAACUUUGCUGAUUUGAACGCUAACUGCAGACCCACACACGUGAAAAAAACACCGACGGAGCAACAUGGCGGUGAACAGCGUACAUAUCCACCGGUCCUCUCGUCUCUGUUAUCGGUACCGCAGGGCAGUCUACGUGGCUACUUUCAUUAUUACCGUCCAGCUCGUUGCUGCUUGGACAAUCUUCUUCGCUUUGGAGAAUGCCGAGGAAAGAGGUAGACGGGACGAGAUGGUGUGGUCGGCUGACCGGGAACUUGGAGGACGACCUGGAGGCAAGUUGAGUGGCGCUCUGCUGAAAGAUACUCGGCAGAAGCAACCAAUGGACAAGCUGCAGUUUGCCUCCAUCAAAAACAACAACAUUAGUAACAGAGAGGAAAAUGAAUCCCACAUUCAAAAAAUCACCAACCCACCAGGCACACUGAAGUCCUUUCGGAAGACCCCGACUUUAGGAAUCUUUAAAGAUGUUAUGCAGCAGUUCAAGAACUCUUCCAACCAAGUCAAGAAAACAUUAAAGGAUGACUCAUUACCACUGGACAGAAGGAGAAAGUUCCAACAGUCCAAACUUUCAAAAUUGAAGUCCCGGACAGAUUUGGAGCAGGCUGGUGCAGAGAACUUCAAGAAGGAUGAUAGCAUUGAUGCCAAGAGUAAGGAGUUGGCCCUCGAUGUUGAGAAGCAGCACUACCGCAGCACCAUGGUACGAGUUACCCCAACUGGGAACAUCACCGUCCAAUUGGAGUAUUUUGCUAAGUGUGCAGUGGAAGGGCGCGAUGCCAUCUCAGCGCUGAGUAGGGCGACGACACCGCAGUGCAAACAACAAAUUGCUGAUACUGUCUGUGAUAUGCCCAAAGGAUCUCUGUAUCCCACCAGGCUGCCUCGAUACUGCUCAUUAGAAGGAAAGGCCGAUAAUGAGAUUGAGGAUAACCCACGGUAUAAGAUCGUUGAUGGGAAGCCGGUGCGUAUCGUCUACAUGUUAGUGAUUCAUGGACGAGCCUUACGACAGGUGAAGAGGCUCAUAAGGCUGCUGUUCCACACAGACCACUACUUCUACAUUCACGUCGACUCUAGAUCAGACUACCUGUACAGAGAGGUCGCCAGGGCAACUAAAGGCUUCUCUAACAUCCGGAUGACCAAAUGGCGUCUAGCGACCAUCUGGGGCGGUGCUAGUCUACUUGAGGUGUAUCUACGGUGCAUGGAGGACCUCCUGAAUAUGGAGGACUGGGAUUGGGACUUCUUUAUCAAUCUCAGCGAGUCAGACAUGCCUAUAAAAACUAAUGACUAUUUAGUAAGUUUUCUGAGUCGAUAUCGUAAAAACAACUUCUUGAAGUCCCAUGGGAGUGACGAUGAAAGCAAUUCUGAUUUGGACAGGAAAGACAAAAAUGGAAAGGUUAAACCGGGAUUCAUUAAAAAGCAGGGAUUAGAUAAGACAUUCUUCGAGUGCGACACACACAUGUGGCGUCUGGGCGAUCGUCAACUCCCUCUAGGAAUCACGCUGGACGGCGGAUCGGAUUGGAUCGUUAUCAAUCGACAGUUUGUAGAGUACUUGAUUAUGUCAACCAAUGAGCUACUGACUGGUCUGAAGCUCAUGUACAAAUACACACUUCUUCCUGCUGAGUCAUUUUUUCAUACAGUUCUUGAGAACAGUGAACUAUGUAAGACCUUUGUGGAUAACAAUCUUCGGGUGACAAACUGGAAACGCAAGCUUGGAUGUCAGUGUCAAUACAAGCACAUUGUGGACUGGUGUGGGUGCUCUCCGAAUGACUUCAAACCAGAAGAUUUAUAUAAAACCAAGCCUAAUCGGCCAGCCUACUUUGCCCGCAAGUUUGAACCAAUCAUAAACCAAGCUGUUAUCAACCAGUUAGACUCUUGGCUGUACGGCUCUUACCCUGUUGGUACCCCGGGAGAUCGGUCCUACUGGCAGAGUUUAUACCACUACGAGGACAGCUCUACCAUAGCUAGUGAUGUAGCAUUGACUGUUUACCAGUCAUUUAUAAGACUGAUGGCUGCUCAUAUCAACUUAGUUGCACAGGGCCAGCCAUAUGAUGACCAUUGUGCCUACAGCAUCAAAUCUUCCCCUAAAGAAGUCACUAUGUACUUGCACAAUGAUGACUUUAGAGGUCUAGUGGUUACCGUGGAAGGUCAGACACCCAAGGGUACCACUGACAACAUGGAGGUCUGGUUAUCCAAGUCGUCUGAAUAUAAAGUUACUAACUAUAUUGGGCCGAGUACCAGACUGCAGAAAUUUCAGGUCGGCACAGAGUACGACCUGAAAGAAAGAGUGCUGCGUAACUUUGCUAACAUCAUGGGUCCCACCGACUCCCCCAUCGUCUUCCUAAAAUGGAAGCCUGGUGAGCAGGUCCUAGUCACUAUCUCAUGGAUCGAUCCAACCAAUCACGUCGCUGCAUCAUUUGAUACGACUGUCGACCACGACAAGGAGGAAACGCAUCACAGCCCCCCAUUUAAGAAACCGCUUCGCCCUGGAAAAUGGUACAUCAAGCUGUUGUAUCAAUGGAUGGUAGUCGCUGAAAUAGAGUUUCUGAUCGUCCCGCUCGCUUUUAAUAGCGGGAAGGCUAUCCUCCAGGCCGAUGCGGUCAGGCUCAACUCUGGCGUGCCAAAUAAUAAAUACGUUGAUAAGGACUUCUCUAGCAUGAAGUCACUCUUCCAGUUAACGGACUCGACCCCUCUGAUUGAAGAGGCAGAUAAAAAGGCUCAUCUUCUCGGGGCGGGGCUUCAUGAAUGGGUGGAUGAGGUCGUAGGUCAGCACUGGUCUGUUCUUGGAUUCUGCGUCUCACCAGCUAAUGCUACCAAACAAUCGGAUUGUAAACAGUUUAAGGCAUGCUAUAGUCAGUCAUGGAGUACGCUUUCACCAGAUCCUAAAGCAGAGUUAAAGUUUAUUAAAUCGGACGGUAGGAUUAGGUGAGAAAGGCAACAGAGGAAUAAACCAUUAUUGUUUGCCGCCAAGUGUGAUUUGCUCAAGAAAAGAAUGCUUGCCAAAAUAUCACCAGCUUUAAGCCCGGUUUAUACUUUCUGUAUGUGCAAACGCGAUACAAAUUUGGCGUUACAAUUUCGCAACAAACACAUUCGACUUGUGAUCAACUCCUGCAAAUUUGUAAUCGCGCGUUCUCAUUCGCAGCAAGGAUGAGUGGGGCUAUGCCUAUACAUAUUUAUCUUGAUGAUCUGUAAUAAGAAUAAGCUCACUGUUAAACAAAAAUGGUUCAUUCCUUUUGAGUUUGUAGAUAAGAUUUAAGAGAUGUAUUAAUAGACUUUAUUCACAGUCCAAAGUAUUUAUUUUUGUACAAUAUAAUUUUAAACCCCAGCGUUUUGACUGGUGCUGUUGAUACUGCAGGUAAUUGUUAACCCAUGGCUAGUAAAACCUUUGGAAAGUUAGACUCGAAAAAUGUCUGGUACAACUAUGACUUGAUUGAGCACAAGUGAACACUCGAUAUAGAUUCCCCAGUAUAAAGACAGAGUAGCUAUUAAGUAUCUCUUUUAGGGGAGUGUUGACUCUGAGAAGAGCCGGUGUGGUCUCGACAUUUCGAACAGUAUACUCUGCUCGUCUUCAGAAGACGUCUUCUGCUGAGCAAAAUUCUUUGCUAAACAAGAAAUGAGUAGGGUACCAUCCAGUAGCAGCAAUUGUAACUGUAUGGUGUUCUGAUUGGUAACCUAUGUUUGCUUAGCCAGACUUGUUUUGUGCUUAGCAAGUUUUUGUGCAUACAGGCUUCAUGAAACUGGGCCCAGAUGGGCAAAACCUGGUACCAUUGUUCCAUAUAUAUUGAUUUAGAACUAGUGAUGGUGUACAUUAUCUUUACGCAAAAGCUUGCCCUGAAGUCGUGUGAAAUAGCAACUAUCUGUAGUCCAAGGAAUUUGAAUUGAACUUUCACUUGUGACUAUAAGCAAGUUAUUUACCUGACAAUAUUCAAGUCUAAUUCACAAAUGACAUUGGUAAGGUUUGGGGACAAGUUUACUCCAGAUAAGGUUUCAUACUAGAUUUCAAAGGGUGACCUCAAAGCACUGGCCUAGGUUAAACAACCUUUUUUUGUUUUAAUUAAUUUAUUUUUUAUUUGGGAAGGGGAAGGUUGUUACCGAGGUCGAUUUUUAGAGAGAGGGAUAAGGUCUCGAUAAAGAAUUGUUUUUGAUUAAGGAUAUUUGUUUUUAUGGAGGAUUAUAAUUUUUUCUAAUUGAAGUUGAAAUGAAGAAUGGCGUUCCAGAUGAAAUGUACAGAUAAUUUUGCCGAUUGAAUUUUGUACUUUUUUAUGUAUUUUCCUCUAGUCAAAUACAACAUGAACUCUCUUUAAAUCACCUGUUUGUAUAAAAGAUAGUUCAAAAGAUAGCUCAAACACUGAUAUGCGGGAGAAAACACA